UGCAGGGGGAGAGGGGUCAGGGCAAGUGGUUCUCAGGGUCCCAGGCCCCGAGGGCAGAGUCUGGGGCGGUUUCUGCAGCUCAGUGUUGGGGAGUCUCCGUCUCCCUGAGACUCACUUGUCCCUCUCACAACCUGUGUCAGCUCCUCCUGCCUGAAGACUCAUGACGGGGCCCCAGUUCUCACUCCCAUUGAGUGUCCGGUUUCUAAGGAAGCCCAUCAGCGUGUCUGCGGUUCCUGGUUAUAAAGUCUCCACCACCCUCCGGGGCUCAAAUUCUCCUCAGACCCUAAGAAUAAGGGUCAUGGCGCCUGGAACCUUCCUGCUGCUGCUCUCGGGGACCCUGACCCUGACAGAGACCUGGACUGGCUCCCACUCCAUGAGGUAUUUCAGCACCGCCGUGUCCCGGCCCGGCCGCGGGGAGUCCUGGUACCUCGAAGUCGGCUACGUGGACGACACGCAGUUCCUGCGAUUCGACAGCGACGCCGCGACUCCGAGGAUGGAGCCGCGGGCGCCGUGGAUGAAGCAGGAGGGGCCGGAGUAUUGGGAGCGGGAGACGCGCUGCGCCAAGGGCAACGCACAAACUUCUCCAGUGAACCUGAACACCCUGCGCGGCCGGUGAGCGACUCGGACCCAGGUCGCGAGCCCCCAUCCCCACGGACGGGUCGGGGUCUCCCCGAGUCUCCGGGUCUGAGAUUUACCCCGAGGCUGCGGGACCCACCCGGACCCCCGACCCGGGAAGAGCCGGCAGGGACUUUUCCGCGGUUUAAUUUUCAGUUUAGGGUUAAUCGCUGCAGGGGGGUGGGGCGGCAGCGAGGCCGAGUGGUCCGGGCUGACCUCGGGGCGGGGUCAGGGUCUCACACCUUCCAGCACCUGUAUGGCUGCGACGUGGGGCCUGACGGGCGCCUCCUCCACGGGUACAGUCAGUUCGCCUACGAUGGCGCCGAUUACAUCGCUCCUGGACCACGGCGGCUCAGAUCACCGGGCGCA